GGCUAUAAUUUUAAGUUAAAUUUAUAAAUAAUGCUAUCAGGAACUUAUAUGUGCAUGACUAACCAGGAGUCCUCCAACGAUUUCACUGACCCAACGCUCAACUCUGAAGAAAGGACUGAAGAGAGCGUCCAUGAGGAAUACGUUCCAAGUGAUGUAAAGAAUACAACCUUGAAAAGAAGGAAAGUUGGCAAAGUAUCUAAGUUACCAGCUAAAUCGUACAAGAAGACUCCUCAGCAAAUUGCUUUCUUGGAAGAGCAAUUUGUUAAGGAUCCUACUUGGAAUAGGAAGACUGUCCAGUUCUGUAAGAAAGCUCUCAAUCUUAGAACGGAUCAGGUCUAUAAAUGGGGAUUUGAUAAGAAAGCUGCUUUGACGAAGGAAAAUAACUCUGCUUCAAAUCCGUUGAAUAAUAGAGAGCUUGGACUUAAAACAAGGAAAGAAAUCUUUUUGCAUAGCAACCUUAAUAGCUACGUCGAGGAAGUCAUCAAUGGAUUUGGCUCUGAAGGAGGACUUAUAUCUUUAAAUGAAUUAUCUAAGGAAGUUAAUUCUCCAAAAGUUUCAAAUUUUGCCUCUUCUUUAUAUUCUAAAGGGUAUAUUUCACCCAAAGUUAGAUCGGGAAGAACAACACUUCGUGAUUGUAAAGGUUCUGGAGAUACAGUUAAUAAGCCUGUUGGAGAAUACUCCUUGGUUUGUCCUAUGACUUCUCCACUUGCUGGCUGGGAGUCUACUAAUUGAAAUCAGAUUCCAAGCGUUCCACAGGAGGUCCUCUUAGGUCCAAAGGCAACUAACGAGCCGACAAACCAUACUCAGCAGGUUCUGUCAUUUGAAUACCAAGACUCUAGCCUCGGAAUGGACAAUUUUCUUGAGGAACCCUUCAGAUUCUUCUGCUAGAUCUGGAUGCCAGAUCUAAUUAGAAAAUAUCUGAGGCUGUUCUUCCCUACCGGGAAGAAUUACUGACAAUUUAUUUUAAUUGACCACAUAAUAAUAAUAUUUC